AUGGAGCUGCCGAGCGUCAAGGACUUCCAGUGGAAGCGCCUGGCGCCGCUGCCCAGCCGCCGGGUCUACUGCUCCCUGCUGGAGAGCGGGGGGCAGGUCUAUGCCAUCGGGGGGUGUGACGACAGCGGCGUCCCCGUGGACUGCUUUGAGGUCUACUCCCCCGAGGCCGACCGGUGGACCGCCCUGCCCCGCCUGCCCACGGCCCGGGCCGGGGUGGCCGCCACCGCCCUGGGGAAGCGGAUCAUGGUGAUCGGGGGUGUGGGCACCAGCCAGCUGCCCCUGAAGGUCGUGGAGAUGUACAACAUCGAUGAGGGCAAGUGGAAGAGGAGGAGCGUGCUGCGCGAGGCCGCCAUGGGCAUCUCGGUCACCGCCAAAGACUACCGAGUGUAUGCGGCAGGCGGGAUGGGCCUGGACCUCCGUCCACACAACCAUCUCCAACACUAUGACAUGCUCAAGGACAUGUGGGUGUCACUAGCACCCAUGCCCACCCCAAGAUACGCUGCAACCUCCUUCCUCCGAGGCUCCAAGAUCUAUGUGCUAGGGGGACGACAGUCCAAGUACGCAGUGAACGCCUUUGAGGUCUUUGACAUCGAGACUCGCUCCUGGACCAAGUUCCCCAACAUCCCCUGCAAGCGGGCCUUCUCCAGCUUUGUGACCUUAGAUGACCGGCUGUACAGCCUGGGAGGCCUGAGGCAGGCUCGGCUCUACCGGCAGCCCAAGUUCCUCCGGACGAUGGACGUGUUCGACAUGGAGCAGGGGGGAUGGCUGAAGAUGGAACGCUCGUUUUUCCUCAAGAAGCGGCGGGCAGACUUUGUGGCCGGCUCUCUGAGUGGACGGGUCAUAGUGGCCGGAGGGCUUGGGAACCAACCCACUGUCCUGGAGACGGCGGAGGCGUUCCAUCCAGGGAAGAACAAAUGGGAGGUCCUACCCCCCAUGCCCACGCCCCGCUGUGCCUGCUCCAGCAUUGUCAUCAAGAACUGCCUCCUGGCUGUGGGGGGUGUGAACCAGGGUCUGAGCGACACAGUGGAAGCCCUGUGUGUCUCUGACUCCUAGCUGUCCCUGGGCCCAGCACCUUUGCCCCGAACCAGAUCACCCCACUCUCGACAAGAGGAAUGGUCGACUCCCAGGAUGCCAGCUCCUGCCAGCAGUUCACGGGGUCAGGCCCUGGGGCUCUGAGUGACCUCCCUCCACCUCCAAACUGUACCAAUCCCAGGAAACCAUAAGAAGUCCAGAAUGAGUUCACCAGCCUCCAGCUGGAACCCAGCUGAGCUUUGAGGAGAAACUCCCGUGACUGCUCGGGCAGAGAAAGGCACAGAAGUACCUGCUGUCUCCCUUCACUGUGAGUCCCACCUCCUCCAGUGUCCAGGCUAGGUGGUGCCUAAGGCAGAAGACAGCUGCUAUCACUGUCUUCUUCCUGGCUCUGAACUAGUUUGAGGGUCUCUUGGGAUGGAAGAUGGAGAAGCAUUGCAUGGAGUCCCAAACCCCUCUUCUCCCCCGUGGUCUUCAUCCCUCCCCCACUUGGUGGUCAACGAUGGGCCUGCCCUCGCCCUCAUCUGCUCACCGAGAGUUGGCCUUGGAGCAGGGCCUGCUGAAUUGGAAGGGCAGCCAGGUUCAAAUAGACUGGUCCAGGUCGGCAGCCUUGGCCAGGAAGGACCCAGGCCGCUCGGGUGCCUGAUGGCAAUGUGGUGAUGGGGAAGGAGCAGCCACCCAGCCAGCCCAGGCUCUGCUUCCCGCUCCCCUCCUCACUCACGUUCUCCUUCUGCCACCCGUCCCUGGCCCUUUCCUCCCUUACGGCCCGAGAGUGUUUUCUGUGCUAAACCUUCUUAUUUACACUGUG